AUCGUGGGCACGCCGCGUAGUACAGGCCUAUAUAAACGGUCGUGGUGGUCUCACCAUCAUCUUGCGAGCAUCAUGAGAGCCACCUACAGCAUGUUGCUCACUGUGGCUUUAACAUGCCUGACGCUGUCUGGUACUUUCGGAGCAGAUAUCAUCAAUGGGAAAAGAGCAAACAAGAACUCGCUGUUGUACAUGGCGUCGAUACAGACCGACGGAAAACACAAAUGCGGAGGAUUCCUGAUCGAUCCGAGUUACGUGCUCACAGCUGCACAUUGCGAUACGAGUGGCAACAUGACUGUGAUACUGGGGACACACAACAUCGAUCCACAGGGGUCGAAUCUGAGAAGAUAUAGAGUGCAAAGUAAACAUAAGCAUCCGUCGUACCAGAAUGUACAAAAUGGAAAUGACAUCAUGCUUGUGAAGCUCUUCAAAAAACUAAAACUGAGUAAAGCUUUGAAAACCGUCCAAAUUCCAAGCAAGGACAAACCGAUAAAGAGGAAAUCCAAGUGCGUUGUAGCAGGAUGGGGCAAAACUGAAAAGCAAAAUGUGGUGAACGACCUUCUAGUCACGGACGUGUCGACUAUUAACUUCACCACAUGCCAGUCGAUGUGGAAAUUGGUGAAUGUGAAACUUCCUGACAACAUCAUCUGUGCUGGGGGCGUCGAUACCAAAAGUGGCGCUUGCCAGGGUGAUUCGGGUGGACCUUUGGUGUGCAGUGGGCUAGCAGUCGGAAUUGUCUCAUUCAACCUGAAGAGCCGGUGUGACUACCCAAAUGUGCCCAACAUUUACACCCGGAUUUCUAAAUAUUUACCCUGGAUCAAGAAGGUGAUGAAAGGAGGUGCUUAAUGUUAUGUCUUUGAUCUCUGAUUGUAUUCUUGUGCAUUUCGAUUGGUUUAUAGCUUUUUGUCUAGGAUUUUGGGUAAAGAUGAAAAAUAUCAAACAAUCAGUGUAAGAGAAGAAUGAACAGUACUUUGCACUUGACUUGCAUAACAGUGCUAUAUAUACAAAACAGUAUGACAGAACAUUAAUUUUUUUUAGUAUCUUAUGAACAAUUUGCAAACUGCAAUAAUACCAUGAAUUCUUAUCAUUUUGUCUCUAGUUUUAUGUAAAACUGCUCUAUAACAAUGGAAAAACUGUGAAAAGCGCUAUAGAAAUAAAUUCAAAUUGUUUGCUUCUGCUUUUCUUUGUUGUUUUUUUAAGUACCACUUCAGAGAAAGCGAAACCUUUCGGGUGGCUGUUUGAUACAAACCCA